AUGGAAGACUAUGAUUGGCAAGAUCUGCAGGAACGGGCAGCCGCGACGAUUCGGCUGUGCCUUGCAGAUGAAGUUAUGUAUCACGAGGGGACCGAUUUAGGGCAACAUGUGAAUAUCUUCAAUCAGGUUGUCACGGAUUUGGCUUCACUCAAAGUCAAGAUUGAAGAUGAAGACAAGGCGAUGAUUUUACUGUGUUCGUUACCUCCUUCUUACGAACAUAUGGUGACUACCCUUACAUAUGGGAAAGAAACGAUCAAGACUGAGGAGAUUACUUCAGCGUUGUUGGCUCACAACCAGCAGAAACAGAAAUCUGGAGAGUCGUCUUCUCAAAGUGACAGCUUAUAUGUGAAGGGUAACCAGGAUCGUGGAAGAAGACAGGUGCGGGAUAAUUCAGGAAAUCGGAAUUUUAUAUCCAAGUCGCGAGACAAAUCGAAAGGGAGGAAAACUGUGACGUGUUAUAAGUGCAAGGAACAAGGGCACUUCAAACGGGAUAGUCCAAAAUUGAAGAAACAGACUGCUGAUAUGUCAUCUAAGUCCGCGAAUGUGGUACAAAAUGAGGAAUCUAAUUGCAGUGAUGGAGAUAUGUUAUCUAUUUCGACUGCGCAGUAUGAUGAUGCUUGGAUUCUCGAUUCUGGAUGUUCAUAUCAUAUAACGCCUAACAGAGAGUGGUUUGCUACUUAUAAAUCAGGCAACUCGGGUUCUGUUUUUCUUGGUGAUGAUAGAUGCUGCGGCAUUGUCGGCAUUGGAGAUGUCAAAAUCAGGAUGUAUGAUGGAACUGUUAUGACAUUAUGUGAUGUGAGACAUAUCCCUGAGUUGAAGAAGAUUUGA